AAGAGCGAGAUCCCGAGCUGUGUGGAGCGAGGACACGGAGCAUCCCGGAGCCCGAAGUCAACAUGGCUGGCCAGCCACAGUAGAAGACUGCUGGAGGGUGAGCAAGGAAGCUGGGUCAGCUGUCCUAGCACAGUAAGGUCCUCAGAAGGACAAAGUUGUAGCCAGAGCAGGCUGGGGCCCGGACUCCUGGGUUCUCCCCGGUCUUCAAUUCACCAUUGCCUUCAACUUCUCUCCAGUGUGGGGAAGGAUACCCUGGACCCAUCCCUCCUGCUCACCAUUUGAGUCAGGUACUUCCAGGUAUAGGGGGUGGGUCUCCUUCAGGUCACUUGUGCCAUCGUGUGGGGACAAGGUAUUGCCCACCAGUCCCCAGUUCCAGGGUGUAUUGCCCCCCUUGCAUUCUAAACACUUCCCUGUCCCAACCCUCCCCACCCUCCUGGCAUGGCCCAGCAUGGGCUCUUGUCUCCAGGAGAGACUUUGUGGUCUGAGGAGAUACCACUGCCUGGAGGCUGUGGCCUUAACCCCAAGCCUGGUGCCAAACCACCUGCAGCCCAGCAGAUGACCUUGGCUUCCAGCCUGGCUCAGCUAAGCCUGGAUACGACAUACAGGGGAGAGCUGACUCUGAGCUACAGUCCAGCCCAGCUGACCCUGAUCCCAGACCCUGCACACCAGACAGAGCUGAUCCCACGUCCCAGCCCAGCCAAGCUGACUCCGGAUCCUGCAUGCCAGCCAGAGCUGACCCUGAGCCCCAGACUAGCUGAGCUGAUCUCGGGUCCUGCCUGUCAUCCAGAGAUGACCCUCAGUCCUGGCCGGGCUAUGCGUACCUCAGAUGCCACAAACCAGCCCAAGGAGACCCCAGUCCCCAACCUGACCAAGCUGACCCUGGAGCCUGUGCACUGCCGGCCUGAGCUCAUGGAUGCCUGUGCUGACCUCAUCAAUGAACAGUGGCCCCGCAGCCGUGCCUCCCGCCUACACUCCCUGGGCCAGUCCUCAGAUGCCUUCCCACUCUGUUUGAUGCUGUUGAGCACCCGCCCCACACCUGAUGCAGCACCCAUAGUGGUGGGCCAUGCCCGUUUGUCACGAGUGCUGGACCAGCCCAAGAGCCUCCUGGUGGAGACAGUGGUGGUGGCCCGGGCCCUGAGGGGCCGUGGCUUUGGCCGCCGCCUCAUGGAAGGCCUGGAGGUCUUUGCCCAGGCCCGGGGCUUCAGCCGGCUGCACCUCUCCACUCAUGACCAGCUGCACUUUUACGCCCACCUGGGCUACCAGCUCAGCAACCCGGUGCAGGGCCUGGUCUUCACUAGCAGAAGGCUGCCCACCACCCUGCUUAGUGCCUUUCCCAGGGCCACCUCCCAUCAGCCGCCCUGCAAAGCCCCCAAUCCGACUGCCCAGGCUCCCCCAAGGUCCUCCAAGGGGCCCCCACUGCCACCACCUCCUCCCCUGCCUAAGUCCCUGACCACCCCACCUCCACCCGUGGCAGGACCCCCUCCAAAAAACUUGCUGGAAACACAAUACCGAGACCUGAGGGGAUGCCCCGUUUUCUGGAUGGAGAAGGAUAUCUGAGAGCCACCUAGAGCAAGGCACCAUCUUCUGGAUCAAUGCCUAGGACAGUACUAGUCUUAACCCACUGGCCAUAUCUCAGCCCCUGGCUCCUGGGGGUGGCUUUAGCCUGGGCAUAUUUCCUAAGUGCCAGUGGGGCCAGGAGGUGCCCCCGUGGCUCUGAGCAGUGUGGCUGAAUAAAGGCUUCUGU